AAAAAAAGGACAAAAAUGGCGGGAAGUGCAACUAACAAGGUUACAUUUGUUUUCUUGGCUACUUUGGCCAUUGUUGUUCGAUGCAUUGAAGCUGGUGGGAAUGUGGUGUUUGAUGAUCAUCUCAGAGAACAAGAGAGGAUUGCUUAUGAACUUGCCCUCAAAACUUACGUCCCAGACCCUUUGGAAGUUACAUUCGAACUCAACCAUCAUGUUAACUUAUUCAUGAACAAAACUGAAUCAAGAAGGAAUCUGAUGAAGAUAAAGAGAAGGAACAGACGUUUUAUCUGUGAAGCCACCAACCCCAUAGACGGUUGCUGGAGGUGCGAUCCCAAUUGGGCCAGAAACCGCUUCAGGCUGGCGGAUUGCGCAAAGGGAUUCGGAAGAAGAGCCAAGGGAGGCUUAGGCGGCCCAAUCUACGUUGUCACUGACGAAUCCGACGACGACAUGAUAAACCCUAGACCCGGAACCCUAAGAUACGGAGUCCUCCUGAGGGGACCAGUGUGGAUCAUAUUUGCAAGAAGCAUGUUGAUCAACUUGAAGCAAGAGUUGAUCGUGACCUCCGACAAGACCAUCGACGGGCGCGGCGCCAACAUUCAGAUCAGGGGCGGCGCCGGGCUAACGUUGCAGUUCGUGAACAAUGUUAUCAUUCAUGGGAUUCGCAUCAAGGGAGUGAGGUCCAGAUCUGGUGGUAUGAUAAGGUCAAGUGCAGAUCAUAUUGGUCUAAGGAUGAGGAGUGAUGGUGAUGGCAUCACCAUCUUUGGGUCAAGCAACGUUUGGAUCGAUCAUAUCUCCAUGUCUGACUGCGAAGAUGGCCUCAUCGAUGUUGUUGCCGGUUCCACUGGCAUCACCAUCUCAAAUUGCCAUAUGACCAAACACAACGAUGUGAUGUUGUUUGGAGCUGAUGACAGAUACACAAGGGACAAGAUAAUGCAAGUGACGGUGGUAUUCAACCACUUCGGACAAGGAUUGAUUCAAAGGAUGCCGAGGUGCAGAUUCGGAUUCUUCCAUGUUCUUAACAACGACUACACCCACUGGAUCAUGUACGCCAUUGGAGGAAGCUCAAACCCAACAAUUCUAAGCCAGGGCAACCGCUUCAUCGCUCCGAACAACAUGGCGGCCAAGGAGGUCACCCACCGCGACUACGCCAGGCCCGAGGAGUGGGCCAACUGGCAGUGGCGCUCGGAGAAUGACCUCUUCAUGAACAACGCCAGGUUUGUUGAGUCUGGAGCUCCAAUUACCAAUCUACCCUUCAGGGGGUUCCUCAUGACCCCUCGACAUGGUUCUCAUGCUAACAGACUCACUAGUUAUGCUGGUGCUCUUACUUGCGUUGUUGGCAGGCCUUGCUAGA